GUGCCAGGCCGGCUUUCGAGAAGAACGCGUUUGCCGGUAGAUUCGUAAGUCGCCAUAUUGUUUGGCUAUAUUCGCGAUUCGCGUAUUCGCGCACGCCGUCUUUUUCGCCGUUUUCGCUUGUGUCUCGCGUUUCCGCGAGCAAUCGCACCGCAAACAUUUCACGCAAAGGCAAUAUGAAGAAGAUCAAGGACGUUUCCGACGACGACGAGUUCGAAGUGGACGACCCGGACGAUCCGGAGGAAGGACCCUCCGAAGAGGAGUGGACUCCGGAGGCCGACAACGAGAGUGCUAAAGUAAGACCACAAAGAGGAGCAACAAAAAAGCGACAUCAUUCUGAAGAAGAGGAAGAGGAGGAAGAUGAGGAGGAGGAAGAGGAAGAUGACGAAGAAGAAGAAGAAUCUGAUUCUGAUUCAGGAAGAAAACCAAAAAGAAAAAGAUCUACUAAAAAAGAAGAAGAUGAUGAUGAUGAAGAUUCGGAAGAAAACAGUGAACAGGAUGGUGAACAUCCAAAGAAUUUCCAGUCUGGUUCAUUUGUUAUUUCAAAAGAAGAUCUUGAAGUAGCUAAGAAGAAUAAAAAUAAGAACAUAUCUGAGGUAGACAAAUAUCCAAAUUUGUGGAGGAUAGAUGGAAAAGCACUACUCCAAAAGUAUUUGCCUUUCCAGGAUAAAUCUGGGAAAAUAUUGUACAAAAGUACAACGACAUACUCUGGGUGGCAAAUUAGUAACAAACACAAAUAUGUAUCACUCAACGUAUCCUUAAAAUCAGAAAAUAGACAAGAAGCAAUUGCUGAACUAACAGCACCGUUCGAUCCUGCAAAAUUUUUAGAGGAAGCAAAAAGUGAUAAAGAAGAAGAUUAAAGUAAAUUAAAUCAAGAUUGGGCUUAUUUGUUUCUAUGAGUUCGAAGGAAGAUAUAUUAAGAAGAAGAACAUCUAUACACAAUUGACGGAGCAUGUACCAUUUAUAUGUACGUAUACAUACAUACACAACACACGCACACAGACAUGAUGCGCAGUUUCAGAAUUUUUGUAUCGAGGUCAUAUUUAAACUAUAAGAUUGGAUGGACCAUAUGGCUCUGAGUUUAUUACUGGGAGUAGCUAUUAACUGAUAUCUCUGAUCAAAUAUGAGUACAAUUACCGAAAAAGCUACUCGCAAAUAUGUGUUACAUUUAAUGGAGUUUGUUACGAGCAACAUACUCUAUGAUUUAAAAAAUGUUUUACAUCUUUGUGACAGAAAUUCAAUGUUACCUAGUGUAAUGUAUGCAUGUUGAUGUUCGUUUGUGUUAUAAGGCCAUUAUUAUAGUCUACUCAUAAUUUAAAAUGUUUUACAUACAUUGGCCUUGCAAUCUAUAUAGCCAUUGAGCGCGCCCUUAGUAGAAAUAAUUAAAGUUAUUGCUUCAUCUCUUAUAUUAUAGCGAAAAAUAAUGAAAAAGAUAUUUAAUAUGAGCAAAAAUAUAAAAUGAAUGCUCAGAAUUAUCAGAAAACACACUUGGAACACUUGGAAUUUCCAAGAAAUUUUAUCGCAAGACUCAGAAAAGUUCUAUAAAAGUUAUCUUUUCAAGUAUUUUGCUUUUAUUUUAGGAUUAAUCGAGUUCAGCUACGUCUUGUGUUUACUAAUGUCAAAAACUUAAAACUCAAGCGAUUUUCAAUGUUUUUGUUAUCAUCAUUUUUGUCGUAUACAGAAAACAUACACAAUAGUGAAUAAUCUAUUAUUUUUUAAUUUUUUCUAAAACAAACAUUUUAUUUUGAGCUUCAAACGAAAGUGAAAACGAUUAAGAAACUACUACAAUGUUUUGUUUUCUAAGAUUAGGUUAUUAAUUAUGCGUAUCUUUGACUUGGUUGGAGCUAGAACCAAAAAAUACUGAUUACAAUCUAAGCGAUAAAAAUUAAAAGUUUUAUAGACAGAUUUAAUGUAGUUCGAACUGCUACGGGCGAAGCUGGGCCACUCUUCUUGUGUGUACACUUACUAAUCAUAUAAGAUGUAAGAAAACCUAGAAAAUACUUCCAGUAAUUGAAGAUUGUCUAUUCCCCGAGCAGCUGUACUGAUUUACAACGUCAGAAAUAACAAGUUUCUGAUGUCAUCCUAAGACCUAACCAAUAUGACUGCUCGAGGAAUAGUUGAUCUACAAACAACUUGCAUUUGUAAAUCUUUUACAAUUAAAAUAAAUUGGUUAUAUUAGAAAAAUGGAAUAAUUUGAUUAUCAAUUGAUCGGAUUUUGGUUAUAUUAUUAAAAUUUAAUUGAACUGACAUUUUGUGCGAUACAUAAAACUUUUAUUUUACAUAUCGAUUUUCAUAAAUUUAAUAUAUAUCAUUAAAAUUAUAUUUUUUACUUGAAUAAUAUUUUUACUGGAUUUAGAUAUGUUCGUAUGAUAAGUGGAUUUAUUUCAACUCAAAUAUAUUGUACGCAGCGUGUUUAGCGCAGUAUUUUGGUGAUAAAUUCGGUAUACAACAUGUAAGUCAUAAGUAACACACACACACAUGGGAAAAUAUGGAA